AUGGCCGGAAAAAAACGAAAAACUACAGGUGCAUUGAGUAAAUCUGAAACUGAAAGUGCCACUGCUCCAAAAGUAAACAAAGUUCGUAAAGCUAAAAAUCCAGUUAUUUAUUCUGGACCAUUCAUUUGUGAAGAAAAUGGGUGUGGAAAGGCGUUUAACCGAACUAAUGUUUUAGAAACUCAUUCCCUCAUCCACAAUAUUGUGAAUCGUUUUGAGUGCAAUUUUCCACUUUGCGGCAAGGUUUUCAACAAUCGAGGCAACACUCUUGCUCACAUCAAAUCACAUCUGGAUACAAAGAAGCUGGAAAGCAAACACUUUAAAAAUAAUGCCAUCGACAACAACUACGACCCUCUUUACUUUUUACUUGUAGAUGGCUUACAGGCUAAAAUUGAUUGCGAGCUGAGCGAAAAUAGGGAGACUGUCAUUGCGAACCCCAGUGAGCAAAAGAAAUUGUUCCAAGAAUUGGCCCAUCUGCGGAAAACUGCCAGCAGUAAAGUAAAACGAUUCCAAAAAGAGCGACUGGAACAGAUGGAAGAAAAAAUUAACUGCAAAAAAGAACUAUGCAAAUCAAAAACUGAAAAGUACAAAGCCCGCGUCCGAGUUGAGGCUGAAAAGUCAAUUGAAGAGUUCAAAUUGAAGUACGGAAUGGAGCUGAGCGACGAUGAGUAG